UAUUAACCGAUGGUUAAUGCAAAGACACUAUUCGAGAGUGCGCAAGGGAACAGAUACAUUGAGUUCAAUUCGAGUAAUUGCAGUCAAUGUUCACAACUCUAAUAAUACAUUUUUCGUGUCACCUGUGAAUAGUAAUAGAAGACUGUAACAUUUUUCAGCAGUUUUUUUUUUAUUUAAUACAACUAUUGGAAUAUUUUUAUAGUUUAUAGUAUAUAAUUUAUAUACUGAGAGGCCAAGUUUCAUAUCUUUUUUACGAAGUGUUAAUUCUCGCGUUUAAAUUUUUACCUAAUGAACAUUGUGAACUUGUCAACGACUGUUCUGGAUUCUUAAAUAUUUCCUUGGUUUCGAUAUAUAUUCAUUUAACAUGGUGCAUUUACGUCGUCAGAUUUUGUCCUGCGGGAAUUUAUUAAAUCAAUUUCAGCCUAACGUUAAAUGGAGUUCGGCAGUAAAAAUUAGGGACAAAAAAGUAAUACAACCGGAACGUUCCUUUAAGUAUGCAGAUUUAUCGGUCCGUCUUGCAGGACCAGAACAAUUACAGCCUAAGCCUGAUGUUAGUGCUUUAGUCUUUGGAAAAUACUUUACAGAUCAUAUGUUAAAAAUAUUUUAUCAUGAGGCAUUAGGAGGAUGGCAGGUGCCAGAAAUCACACCUCUUGAAAACUUAGUCAUUCAUCCAGCAUCAAAAGUGUUGCAUUAUGCAAUAGAGUUGUUUGAGGGUUUAAAAGCAUACAGAGGAGUAGAUGGAAAAAUAAGAAUGUUUAGACCAGACUUGAACAUGGAACGAAUGAACAAUUCAGCAAUGAGGACUGGCCUGCCUACUUUUAAUGGGGAAGAACUAAUAAAAUGUUGUUGUAGAUUACUUAGUAUAGAUCAAGAGUGGGUACCUCAUUCUACUGCUUCUAGUCUGUACAUACGUCCUACUCUUAUAGGUAUAGAUCCUACACUUGGAGUGGCAUCUUCAGAAUCAGCUUUACUAUAUAUUAUUUUGUCUCCUGUGGGCUCCUAUUUUAAGAAAACAGAUGAAAACGUUGGUAUAUCUUUACUAGCAGAUCCUCAGUACACUAGAGCAUGGCCAGGGGGUUGUGGUAGUUAUAAAGUAGGUAGCAAUUAUGGACCUACCAUUUAUGUACAAAGAGAAGCUACAGAAAGAGGCUUGCAACAAGUGCUUUGGCUUUUUGGAGAAAAUAAUGAAGUAACUGAAGUUGGAACAAUGAAUAUUUUUAUGUUCUAUAUCAACAACGAUGGCGAAAAAGAAUUACUGACACCGCCUUUGUUGGAUGGUUUAAUUCUUCCUGGGAUCACAAGGGCAUCUAUUUUAAGUUUAGCUAAGGAAUGGAAUCAAUUCAAAGUCAAGGAACAAAAAUUCAAUAUGAAUGAUAUUUGUCAACUGUUAUCAGAAAACAGACUGUUAGAAUUAUUUGGGACAGGAACAGCAGGUAUAAUUAGCCCUAUAUCAUACAUUGAAUACAGUGGCCGACCUUUACAUAUACCAACGUUACAACACUCAGAGCCGGUUUAUAAAAAGUUCCUAAAACAUUUAAUAGACAUACAAUAUGGUGUUAUACCGAAUCAUCCAUGGACGAUAUCUAUUGAGUGAAAGUAGAAUAAUUUAUUUGUUUAUUUAUUAUGUAAUCAUCCUUAGGGAUGAACUGUGAAUGUUAGCAUUCGCUGAACUGGAUGCUAAAUGACUUAAAAAUUGACUUAUCAAAAAUCAGUGUAUCGCUAUUUUUUACGUGAAUAACGCUUUUAUUUAUUUAUAGUAUCAAGUAUUUCUAAUAGAUUAGGUGUGAGCGAUUUUUUAAUUAAAUAUUUAAUAAACAAAAGUAUCUGUCUGAGAUAAGACUCAGGGAUUAGAAGCUUAUUAUUGUUGAUAAAUUAAUUGUUGAGUACCAAUUUGACAAUUUGUGUUUUGUGUAUGCGUGAAUGUAUAUAUGUAUAUUCUUUUAAACAGAAGUGCAAUACAAAGUAUAUGUAUGAAU